UCCUUUUCUCCCACUGCUCCCCUACCCUUUCUCUCUCUCCUCUCGUCCUCCUCACCCCCACCCCAUGGCCACCACCACCACCACCCACUGCUCCUCCUCCCACCUCGCUACUUAUCGUGUCUGCGCUGCUCCUGCUCCGGCGCCAUAGAGGCGUACGCGCACGUCGAUUGGUCGAGGCCGCCGAUCGAGCUCGAGGGUGGGGGGAGUCACGCAGCAGGAGGAGUGGUAGCAGACUGACUGGGUGGUGAGUUUUGAAGCUUGAGCGGCAGGAGGAGGUGGAGACUUUUGGCUCCGCCGGACCCCCGAUCGGAGAUGGUGCUGGAUCUCAAUGUGGCGUCGCCGGAGGACUCGGGCACGUCGAGCUCGUCCGUCCUCAACUCCGGGGACGGCGGCUUCCGGUUCGGCCUGCUCGGGAGCCCCGUCGACGACGACGACUGCUCCGGCGAGAUAGCGCCGGGCGCCUCCUCGGGAUUCAUGACGCGGCAGCUCUUCCCGCCCCCGACUCCGCCGACCGAGCCGGAGCGGGCGGCGGCGCCGGUGCCGGUCUGGCAGCCGCGCCGCGCCGAGGAUCCCGCCGUGGCGCAAAGGCCGCCGGCGGCGGUGGCCGCGAAGAAGACGCGGCGCGGGCCGAGGUCGCGGAGCUCGCAGUACAGGGGCGUCACCUUCUACAGGAGGACGGGCCGCUGGGAGUCGCACAUCUGGGAUUGUGGGAAGCAAGUCUACCUAGGUGGCUUUGACACUGCGCACGCAGCUGCGAGGGCAUACGAUCGAGCAGCGAUCAAAUUCCGGGGGCUCGAGGCCGACAUCAACUUCAGUCUGGGCGACUACGAGGAUGAUCUGAAGCAGAUGAGGAAUUGGACCAAGGAGGAGUUCGUGCACAUACUCCGCCGACAGAGCACGGGGUUCGCCAGAGGGAGUUCCAAGUACCGUGGCGUGACGCUGCACAAGUGCGGCCGCUGGGAGGCGAGGAUGGGCCAACUUCUUGGCAAGAAGUACAUCUAUCUUGGGCUCUUUGACAGCGAAGUUGAAGCUGCAAGGGCAUAUGACAGGGCAGCCCUUCGCUUCAACGGGAGGGAGGCUGUUACUAACUUCGAGCCUAGCUCCUACAAUGCAGGAGAUUCCCUGCCCGACACUGAAAGUGAAGCAAUUGUUGACGCUGACGCCGUUGAUUUGGAUCUGCGAAUUUCACAACCUAAUGUGCAAGAUACUAAAAGGGACAAUAUCAUAGUUGGCCUCCAGCCAACAUAUGACUCCCCUGAAUCUUCAAAUACGAUGACCUCUCAGCCAAUGAGCUCAUCGUCCCUGUGGCCUAUGUAUCACCAAAGCCCAGCAGUACCAUCUCACCAUCAGCGCUUGUACUCGUCGGCUUGUCCUGGCUUCUUUCCGAACCAUCAGGAAAGGACCAUGGAGCGAAGGCCUGAGGUGGGCGCCCAGCCGUUCCCCACCUGGGCAUGGCAAACGCAGGGUCCCCCUCACAUGCCGUUGCACCACUCUGCAGCAUCAUCAGGAUUCUCUACCGCCGUCGGCGGCGCGAACGGCGGCGGCCCGCCGUCUCACCCGCCGGCGCCGUCGUUCCCGAACUACCAGUUCUUCUCCUAGACCGCUUGGCAGCCUGCUGUUUGGAAGGAGGAGGCUAAACUUUAGCCCUGUCACAUCGGAUGUUCGGAUACUAAUUAAGAGGACUAAACAUAAGCUAAUUACAAAACUAAUUGCAGAACCCCUAGGCUAAAUCGCGAGACGAA